AUGGAGACGAGCCAGCGCUGCAGGCGCUCGUUGGUCCACACGAGCACGUCGCGGUUGGCGAGCUCGGCGGAGCGGCGCCGCUCGACUCAGCUAGGCGAGUGUCAGGGUGGGGGUGGGGUGUACCUUGAGGUUGAUGGAGACGAGCCAGCGCUGCAGGCGCUCGUUGGUCCACACGAGCACGUCGCGGUUGGCGAGCUCGGCGGAGCGGCGCCGCUCGACUCAGCUAGGCGAGUGUCAGGGUGGGGGGUGGGGUGUACCUUGAGGUUGAUGGAGACGAGCCAGCGCUGCAGGCGCUCGUUGGUCCACACGAGCACGUCGCGGUUGGCGAGCUCGGCGGAGCGGCGCCGCUCGACUCAGCUAGGCGAGUGUCAGGGUGGGGGUGGGGUGUACCUUGAGGUUGAUGGAGACGAGCCAGCGCUGCAGGCGCUCGUUGGUCCACACGAGCACGUCGCGGUUGGCGAGCUCGGCGGAGCGGCGCCGCUCGACUCAGCUAGGCGAGUGUCAGGGUGGGGGUGGGGUGUACCUUGA